GAAUAUUCGUUAAUCUUAAAUAACUUAAAGGGUAGACGAUCAUGAAUGAAUUCCAUUGAAUCUGACAAUCAAACUGAUAAACAUCUUUUUAAAAAGACAUUUAAUACAUUUUACGGGUAUCAAUAGCAGUGGACUUGUGAGUUACAUCUAUUUCUAAACUGGAUUACCGUGCAUAAAAUACGUACAUAUCAUUAAAUAUAUUCAAUAUUCAAAGGAAAAUAUGGGUUGCAAACAAUCGAAACAGGUACGGGUUCAGCCCGUCGGGGCUUCGGAAAUGAAAAAUGGAAAAUUAAAGAACAGUCAAAGUGAAACCGAUGCAGGUAUCGAACCGGAUAUCAACGAUAACAGACGUCAUGCCAAACGAGGCACAUCAUCCAAAAGUAAGAGAUCCAUGGGUUCCAGUGGGUCCCUAGAUGAUGAGAUGGGAGACAGAGGCGGAUCCGCAGGGUCAAAAAAGAGUAACGAUUCGGGACUCGGAGAUCUAGGCGAGUACAAUCACGGCUUCAUUACUGAACAUUCCGACCCAAAUAAAGUUAGAGAAGUAGAAAGUGGCUUUAAAGAAAGAGAAGAUUUAGAUCUCGGCAUCACUGGGACUGCUCUACCAACUAGAAACAGCGCCAAAGACAAGGCCCGUCUAGAGGAGUCUAUGAUAUUACAGAAACUCAGGGAAGAGGGCCUAAUCUCAAAGACAAAUACAGAGAAAAAGACCGGAGUCUCGUUUGAAAUUGUGGAAAUGAACCCGGCAAGUAAUGGAUCAAAGCUCCCCGCAUUACCUCCCUUGAAACUGGCUAAGAUAGAAAGAAGGAGAAAGAAAAAGCGGGUUUUGACUGAAGAAGAAAUUCAAGAAAAACUGGAACGCGCGGAAGAAAGAAGAAAGCGAAAAGAAAAGGCUCGUCUAGAAAAGAUCAAAGAAAUGGACAAAGCUGACCAAACGGCCGCUUUGGAGUCAUUCCAGGAUUAUCAGAAAAAGAAAGAAGAACAAGUUACUCAGAAGAUGGACAGUGUUACAGACAAACGUGAGCGUCGUCUACAACAAAUCAAAGAAAAACAAUUGGAGCGAGAGCGCAGGCGCGAAGAAGUGCGCAGGCGCAAGAGGGAACGCCAGGAAAUGGGACUUCCGGAGUCGCAGGAAGGAACUGGCGAAAAUGUUAAAGACAUUUCUGAACUUUUAGAACGAGAAGAAACUCCGAUGGUACCAGAAUGAAUUUAGUCAAAUUACUUAAUAGUUUUAUAAUAGUUAUAUUUAUACAAGCAAAACUGGUAUGCUUUAAUAGUCUUACUGUCGUCUUGUGAUAGAAAUAGCGGGUUACCUGAAAGGUGCUAUUAAACAGAUUGACGGGGCAUACUGGGGGUGGGGAUUGAACUAUAAGUCGCGGAUUCAAAUCCACUACACAUUAAUUUAAGUCUUAAGAAUUGUGAACUAUCAAACUCUCAGUCAAAGUGCCUUUAGCGGGAUGCACUGUUCAAUGUGGAUGUUAAUGGCUUUCGAAAACAUGCAACAUAAUGUUAUUCAUAAUUUUUUAAAACUCAUAUUGAACAACAUUUUAAUAUGCACUCGAGUUUUAAUGUUAACAUUGGUGUCUAAAUGUUAAAAAGUUCUUUUUCAUUUAGUUUAAAUCAAACCUAGAUAUUCAAUAGUUCACUCAACAAGUCUUGGCAUGCUAGGAUUUGAAUGACUUUAAUAUUGACCUAAUAUUAUUGGCAGCCUUCUAAACUAGACAGUAUUAAAUAUUUCUGAAAGGCUGUUUACAACACUUUAACAUUCUGUACUAAUUUGUAAAAUAUUUAUUUUAUAGAUUUUUAUAGUUAUAGAGUAUCUAUUAUUUUAUUUUUUGUAUAGAGGGUAUAUACUAUUUGAUAGUUGACAUGUAAAGAAAAAAAAAACAAUGCAAAUUACAGUUUUUGAGAAAUUUGUAUACAUUCAAGGCUGUACUAAAGACGGGCAUUCGGCUGGCGUAAGAACACAUUACUCAAAAUACAUUUACGUUGUUAAAUUCGCCUUGACACAUAAAUUAUUAUGUUGCGAAAGCAAAACGCAUGUAUAAAAUACAUGUAAAUAUAUACAUAAAAGUUUGCCCCCUUAUCAAUAACAAUACAAAUUCGAUAUUCUUAAUGAAAGUAUAUCGAUUUACUGUUGACCGUAGUCAAAACUUUAUUGUUUGUAUCAAUAUCCCAAUGCUGGGCUUUAAGCCAAGUCUUUUCAGUAUUACAAUUUGACAUAUAUAAAUUACUUUUUAAAGUAUUUAGAGAUUAUAACACAGUGCUGUUAAGUAAUACAAAUCAAAAGAACAAAUGUGUAUCGGCUAAACUAAAAGGUUUCAGGCACCUCCAGAACUAAUAUACAUGUACUGGUACACAUUUUGUGGGAUGGGGUGGGUACAGGUAGUACCAGCGGUGUUGAGAAUGUACAAUAUUAAAUUAGAAUAGCAUAUGCCAUAGCAUGAGUAUAUGUACAUGUGUAUUACCAAUUCCCAAGCACGCACAAGCUUAUAAAUCAUGUAUAUGGUUAAAUUGAUUUGCGGUUCUAGAGUAAAUUCAAUACUUCGCCAUUAGAAAGGUAUAAACAUCAAAGGAUAAAAUCACUGUCCUGUACCAGUAUCUACUGAUUUAAUUAUGCAUUGCCUAAUUGAACAAGGAGGUAAUAGUAUGGUUAUAAUAAUAAAUCAUUUCUUUGCACAAUGGCGGCUGCUAAUCGGCUUAAACCAAUCUAAUGAAUUAUAUCUCAUUGUUCUAAGAUAUAUGAAAGUUAUUGCAUGAAUAUUUCCAAGCAAUAUAGAUUAGUUGAAAGAGUAGUGUCGUGGCAUAGAUUAGUUGAAAGAGUAGUGUCGUGGCAUUUCUGUAUUGCAGUAUUACAGUUGUCUUGCCCUUUGUUCAAAGUCGAAUAAUAAUUAUAUUGAUUAUCAGCGUGUUCUUAAAAGUCUAAGGAAGCUCUUGUGAUAUCACAGAACUCAAUCAAAGAUUUUCUCCAUAAUUUUUUGUAAAAAAAGUACUAGACGCAUAUGUAUCCAUUGUUUUUUUCUUUUUUUUUUUUUUUAGAAAACCCCAUUAAAAUGAAUUAUUAGCUAAAAUGUUAAACGUACAACGUCUCUCACUGGAACGUCAUUGAAAUACAUGGUCCGUUUUGACGUGACACGCAACAAACUUAUUUUCUUAACGUUGGCAUAUCGAGCAAACGUAUUUUACGGCAUUUUAUUAGUUAUUGUUACUUGAUGUAAAUAUUAGAUUUUAUUUCAUUGUUUCAGAUUUUUAUUGUAUUAUAUUAUACACUUGUUUUGGAUAAAUGUGACAAGAGAUUUAUUGUGCAUGUGCUAUUACCUGCAGUCAUACACACACUAAAUAACUGUCAUAAUAAAUUAUUCAUUUACUUUU